ACAACGGAUUACAUAUGAAAAAUGAUCAAUAAAUAGUCAAAUUUAUUAUACACUUAUAAAUGAUUUCUUCGUUUUCAAGUAUAUAUUAUUUAGUAUUUUAAUAUUAUUAGAUAUUUAGUUGCAAUUGAUUGAGUGUCGAGCGACCUACAAGCGCACGCAGAAUCAUCAGAUAUACCAUGUGAUUCGAGCAACGGAUAGUGAGGAGGUCAACGGCGGUUGUUGCCCCGUCUAUGUACAAGCCUCGACUUCUCGUCGUUUGGCCUCGUGACUAGACGUCUAACUAUUCUUUCUCGAUUGACAUGCAUUUGUGCAUUACAUACAUCAAAUCACGAUUCUCCUUAUUGUCCUAAUCAUCGUCAUUAUCACCACCUUUUCUUUGUCGUCUGAAUCUACAUCAUUUACUAUAAUUAAACCUCAUUCCAACAAUUUGUUUACAGUUUAAAUUUCAUGAGAGACGAUACAAGGUGAAUUUAUUAUCGAUACUGGAGCUUCAGAAACAUCAUUUAAUUACACUAAAAAGUGAUAUGCAAAUUCAAUAAUGAAAAUUCGAAAAUUAAAUCCAGCUUGGCUUGAAGGAUACACCUAUAAAGGCGAAGGCAAUGCUAAUUUAGUCAUUUCAUUACCAAAAGCAAAGUUCAUUGAGAGAGAGGGAAAAAGAAAAAGAAAAAAAACAAAAACAAAAACUUGACGAUUGCAUUGAAAAAUGUACGUAUGACACAUGGAGUUGGAGACCAUUCAGGCGAUGAUUGCCACGUCAGCAUGGAGCAGACAGGUUAGAAACGUGCUGAGAUUUCGUAAAAUAAAAUCGACUGACGAGAUACCAGUAGAUGGGGGAAGAGCACGAAUUGAGUUUGAGUAUAAAUUUUUUCAAGAAAUAACUUCCAAGUACCUGGGAAAAUUUGUUGAAGAACCAGAGUUUGUCUACUGCAAUCCCGUAAGAGAUAUACCUGAUUGGAGUGAACGUGUUGAAGCACAUAGGCCAGAACAUCGACGUGACAAAAGAUUGUUUGAAGAAUACGGGAUUAUUUUGCCGGAUUAUAGCCUGCUACCAUCAAGCCUCGAGGAAAAGACGAAAAACACUGAAAAGCCAACAUUUUGCAUUGAGAUAAAACCUAAACAAGGUUUUGUACCUGAGGCAAAUCGACUUUUUCAAAGAUGUCCCUAUUGUAUUAAUCAAUUUUAUAAGGUAUCAACUGGAAUUAUAUCUAAACGUAGCAACUACUGUCCAUGUGAUCUCUUUUCUGGAAAUAGAAAUAGAGUGAAGCAAGCUAUUAAAUCACUAGUAGAAUCUCCACAAAACAAUUUUAUCGUCUUUAAAAAUGGUAUUCAUGCUUGGAGUGAAAAAAAUAAACUCAUGGAUCUCAAGAAUUUACUAGCUGAAUGGUUUUUAAAUGAUUCUUAUGGCUCAUCGUGUGAUACUGAACAACAACUUAUUGAAGAUAUGAGCUAUCUCAUUUCUGAAGCAAUUCUUCGAGAGUUUCCUGUAAGCGAAAAUGAUCCUAUUUUAUCAAAUCCAAUUAAAAAGUCUAAAAAAACUGUAGAACAAGUUCAGCUAGAGUAUUAUCAAUUAGAUCUAGAGACAAUUUGCAAAGUUAAUACUAACUUAAAACGUUUCAAUCAGACAUGCGAGUUUCCUAGUGGAAAAUUACCCCAAGGUUCAGCUUUAAAUCGUAUUUUCUUUAUGCAACAAUUACAUUGUAUUAAUACAGAUGUAGUUUACGCAAUGUAUUCAUCGUAUUCAUCUAUCUUGAAUGAGCAAAUGGUUUAUUUUCCACAACCUAAUCAAAUAAAACUGCCAAAUGAAUGUAAUCGUCACAAAACUCAAUUAAAUUAUGAUCAAAUUAUAAUUCUACAAAAGUACUUACUAUUUAGUAUUGCAAGAGAUUGUUCCAUACUUAUAUCAUUUCGUGAAAUUGAUUUAGAUCGCAUCGGGGAUGUUUCGAGGAAUCACGUCAUUGUGCUUUCACAACGACACCGCUACUUUUCAUUCAACAUUGGCAUCACGGACGUCGAUCCAAAGAAUCUUAAUUGCAUUGAGAAGCAUCGACAACAUACGAUCCGUGCCUUGAACUCUGUAAUAACAGUUGACUAAAGAUUAUUGUAUAUACGUAUAAAAAUAAGUGAUAAAAUAAACAGUGGAUUAUUUAUUAAUAUACUAUUUAUAAUUAUAUAGUUAAAUAAUAUUUUUUAUAUCAAAAUUUAAUAUAUUUUUAUUAUAUA